AUGUCUUCUAACGCCCGUAGACGCAAAGUACCGGCAUUUUUAAAUGUGGUGGACAUCGCUGGUUUGGUCAAAGGUGCCUCAGAGGGUCAAGGUUUGGGUAACGCAUUUUUAUCCCACAUCAGCGCUUGCGACGCAAUUUUCCACCUGUGCAGAGCAUUCGAGGAUGAUGACGUCACCCACGUAGAAGGAGACGUGAACCCCGAUACUCUACAAAAAGUAAAAUCUGUUUUGGUAGACGACAAGAAACACAUUAGAUUCGCUGAUUGGGAUGUUAAAGAUAUUGAAGUUCUCAACAAAUAUUUAUUCCUCACAUCAAAACCUGCACUCUAUUUGGUUAACCUAACGGAAAAGGAUUAUAUUAAAAAGAAGAAUAAAUGGUUAAUCAAAAUUAAGGAGUGGGUAGACAAACAAGACCCUGGUUCCCUUAUUAUUCCGUUUUCUGGCGCUUUCGAGCAAAAAUUGGUCGACGAUUUCAAAGAAGAUCCCGCAGGAAGAAAAAAGUAUUUGGAGGACAAUGGAACCACAAGUGCAUUGGAUAAAAUCGUGGUCCAGGGUUACAAAUCUCUACAAUUGGAGUACUUCUUUACGUCAGGAGCUGACGAAGUGAAAGCUUGGACUAUUCAGAAAGGCACGAAGGCGCCCCAAGCGGCCGGUAGGAUCCACACGGACUUCGAGAAAGGCUUCAUCAUGGCCGAGGUGAUGAAGUUCGUCGAUUUCAAGGAAGAGGGCUCUGAGGCGGCGUGCAAAGGCGCCGGUAAGUACCGGCAGCAGGGCCGCAAUUACACGGUGGAGGACGGAGACAUCAUCUUCUUCAAGUUCAACGCCGGCGCCGGUCUCAAGGACCCCAAGAAGAAGUGAUCGACGCUCUCGGUGACGAUCUGCGUCAUGGUUUAUUUCUAUGUUAACAUGAUUUUUUUUUACACCAGUGUAAAUUGUUAAAACUGCAUUUCUUUAUUGUUAUUUGCCAUCUGUACUGUUUCUAUUAUUGUAUUUACGGUUUUUUUUCAAUAAAUAAUCAACUUUUAACAUCA